GAAAUAAUUGUUAGUUCAUCAAGAAUAAGUGUCCAGCUGUAAGAUAACAUUUUGAUUAUGUAAAAGAUCAAAUUACAAAAGGAAGAACAUGAAAAAUGAAAAAAAUUCUAAAACUGUUUUUACUUGAUAUUUUGAAGCUUCAAUUGCAUUAAAAAGAUGUAAUAUUCGAAUUAACAUAUAAUAAAAUGGAGCAAAAAUAAAAGAUCAAAUUAAAAUGUAAAAAAAAAAAAAAUAGAAUUUCAUGUGUUAGUAGAUAAAAUAUUAAACUGUAUGCAAAACUUAUGAUUCUUUAUCUAAAUUAUCAUUAUUAAAAUAAGGGUUUUGUUUAUAUUCAUGGGUCUAAAGUAAUAGUGAUGAUUAAUAAUAAUGAUUUCAUCUCUAUAGCAAAAAUUUUUGUAUUAAAGAAACAUCUAAAUAUUAUAAAAUAUUGCAAAAUGUUAUAUAUGGAUAUUAUAAAAAUGGAUGUUUAGUUAAAAAUACAAUUUUCUACUUAUUUAUAUUAAAAAGAAAAAACCUUCUCCUAUUUUUGCCUUAUGUUUCAUAUUUAUCAUAGUGAUAAUUACAAUAAGAGUAAAUUGUUUCUGAAUUAUCACGAAAGAGGGCAGAAUCGUAGAUUAUAUUAGGUUAGUUGACGCAAGAUAUCGAAUUCUGAAGUUAAAUCGCAGCAAUUCAAAUUGUUUAAAUUGUUACAAAUAUAAUUAUUGUGUUAUAUUAAAUUACAUAGAGUAAUAUUUGAAUAUUGACAAAAACUAUAUGUAACAAAGUUCGAAGAUUAAUUGAUCUUCUUUGCGUUGUUGUCUUAAAGAAGAAAUUAUUAAAAAAUGACAACACGAGAAAUAUUAACAAUUCAAUUAGGUCAUUAUUCUAACUUUAUUGGGACUCAUUGGUGGAAUCUUCAGGAAACUAAUUUUUCUUAUGAUCCUGAUAAUCCUUCAGAGAUAAAUCAUGAUGUUUUGUAUAGAGAAGGAGAAAAUUUCAAGAAACAAGUAACGUUUACUCCAAGGCUUUUAUUAGCAGAUUUGAAAGGAACUUUAGGUUACUUAAAAGAAAGUGGAACUUUAUACAGUACUCCGCAACACGAAGAAGCAUCAUUAUUAUGGGAUAAAGAAAAUAUAGAAAUCACAGAGGAAAAUAUAUUUCCUAAGCCUGCUUUUAUAGAAAAUUUAGAUAAACCUAUAGAAGGAACACAAUCGCAAGAUUUUAAUCUUGAAAAUUCAGUAAAUACAUGGGUCGAUUACUUAGUACCUAGAUUUCAUUCAAGAACAGUUAAUACUGUAAGAGAAUAUGAACAUAAUAGUAGCAAUCAUCCAUUUGAUAUUUAUACCUAUGGAAGAAAUUUAUGGAACACGGAACAAUUUUCAGACGAUUUCACAGAUAGAAUACGAGCUUAUGUAGAAGAAUGCGAUUUAAUGCAAGGUUUUCAAAUAUUGGUUGACUCCAUAGAUGGAUUUGCUGGACUUGGUGUCUCAUGUAUUCAACACCUAAGAGAUGAAUAUGGCAAAAGUAUUCUAGCAUUUCCUUGUAUCAAUGGUCAAAACACCGAACCAUCUGUAUCAGAUUUGAUUAAAGCUAUUAACAUAGCAUUAUGUUGGCAGCAUAUAGGAGAAUACUCAUCGCUCUUUAGUCCUCUUUGUUGCGGAGAAAAUGGUUGGCCACAAAUAGGCACUCCUCGAAAAUUUGACAACCUUAGUUACGAAUUAGAACUUAAAUAUCACACUAGUUCUAUAUUAGCAACUGCAUUGGAUACAUUGAGUUUAAGAUAUAGACGGAAAGAAUAUCCUAACGUAGUAUUAUCCGAUUUAUGUGCUGAUCUUAAUAAACUUGGAUGGAAAGCAGUAGCGACCAGUCUAAGUUUACCUUUUCCAAUGACGAUAAAAAGAGAUUUGAUAGACAUAUUAGACGAUUACGAAGGUUCUUUAUGGACAAGUUUGACACCCAGUUGUGAUAUACCAAUGGAUAAAAAUAUGCAAAGUAUAGCGUUAAGAGGAAUAUCGGAAGAAAGAUUGAAGAGACCGAUGAACGAAGCGAUCAAGCAAAUGUCGAAACCUGCUUAUAGAUGUUCUACCGUACACGAAAUGAUGACGCUUUAUUUAGCUUGUACAUGUCAUGCAUCAGCAACAUAUUUGUCUACUAUAAAAUCAAGUCUCAAAAUACAACAACCGUAUCCAAAAAUUUUCAACACUAACGUUACGGAAACCGGAGAUAUAGCAGGAUGGCCAGUAGGAGAAGACGUACGAUCAGUUCCAGUAAUGGCUGGAUUACAUUCUGGAAGUAGUCUUGCAUCCAUGUAUGAAUCUUUACAUAAUCAAGUACAGAGAAUACGCAGUAUUAAAAAGUUUCAUGCUUUUACCGACUCUGGCCUUGAGGAGGAUGAAUUUUCAGAGUGUUUGAAUCAUUUAUUGGAUUGUAAAGAAACGUACGAAGAUCAUUAUAUUUGAAGAGUAAAAUAAAAAUGCUAACUCUUUAUAUAUAUAUAUAUAUAUAUAUAUAUAUAUAUAUAUAUUUAUAUAUAUUUAUGUAUAUAUAUAAAUCAGUAUUUUCAUCAUCUUUCAUAUGUUGAAAAGUAAUAUAGAGUUUUUAUCGAUAAAGCGAGUCCUCGUUAUGCGUAUACGAUCCCGUAUGAGUAUAAGAUCGUAAUGCGUUAUCUUAAAUAUACCUUAAAAUAUGAUCCUCUAUAACAAAUCGACCCCGGUGAAGAUGGGAGUGGCAAGACACACCCUAGUCAGGCUAUAUAAUAUCCUAUCGAACAUCCCAGAACGUAAAAGUCCGGUAACAACCCUUCAGUCACGAUAAAAUACAUCACAGAGGUAA